CAUUUCUAAUGGGCCCAAAGUACCAAAACCCUAACCCUAGUUUCAAUACUAAUAGCAGAAACUCAUCUUCCUUAUUCUUCUACUGCUUUUGUGCCUCCAGCGACUGCGAUUGAAGAGAGGAUUCAGCAGAAAAUUCAUCGUCGCAAUCAUGGGUAAGGUUCACGGAUCACUCGCUCGUGCCGGUAAGGUUAGAGGCCAAACACCAAAAGUGGCCAAACAGGACAAGAAGAAGAAGCCCCGUGGUCGUGCCCACAAGCGCAUGCAGUACAAUCGCAGAUUCGUCACUGCUGUUGUUGGAUUUGGCAAGAAGAGAGGACCCAACUCAUCUGAGAAGUAAGGUUGAGGAGAAGAAUAUGUAAUUCCUUAGGUUUGAUAAUGUGUUAAGAACAUCAAUUUGAUUUUCCUUUUUAUUAAUUUUGGGAUAUAGUGAGUUUAUUGUUAUCUAUGUAUGAGUUUUGUGCUAGUUAUAUGUCAAACUUUAUAUUUUGCA